GAAAAAGCCUGUCCUGUUCGCUCUCACCUGAAAGCGCACCGUUUUUCCUUUCAGCACUAAACCUCCCUUAUCCCCUUCCACUAUCAUUUUAUCUCUCAUCAUAUCAAUGGCCUUCACAUUCACUCUCCAAUCGCACACAUUUCUCUCUCAAAACCCAAACUUGCUCUCUCCAAAACCAACCUUCUUCAAACCCCGCAAUUUAUUUCCUUCUCUCCCUAAAACCCCUUCAUUUCUUUCUCUCCACCGCACAAAACACUCGCUAUUUGCUAUUGGCCCAGAUGGAAAAUUCUACCCAAACACAGCAGAUAAUGACCCACCUGAAGCACCAGAAGAUACAGCGCAUGGAGUAUCAAAAUGGGAACAAGUUCAUAUCCAAGCUUCAAGAGCAAGAAAAGCUCAAGAAGAAGACUUCAAAAAGAAUCAAUCAACGUUUCUCAAAGCCAUUGCAGAUACCGAGGUAAAUCCCAAUUCCUUAAAUAGUGACGGUGAUGAUUUGUUUGGUGAGAUUGAUAAGGCUAUCGUUAUGGAAAGACAAGAACUUGUUAAACAAGGACUGUUAAAACCAAAAGACAUUAAAGGAAGUAGUGAUGUUAUGGAAGGUGUUGAAGAGUUAGAGCCUGAAGAGGUGGUGGACUUGGAGGAGAUUGAUGAACUAACAGGGUUGACUGUGAUUGAUACUGACAGUGAUGAAGAUGGUUCAAGUGGGUUUGAUGUGGGUGCGGGUGAAAAGAGUGGAAAAAGCAAUGCUGGGGCGUCUUUGGAUGAAAAGAGUUUUGAUUUGGAUUUUGAUAGUAUCGGGAAAGUGAAGGUGAAUAUUGUGGAACCAAAGUUUAGGAUGAGUUUAGCUGAGCUAUUGGAUGAAAGCAAAGUGGUGCCGGUUUCGGUUUUGGGGGAUUUGGAGGUGGAGAUUACUGGUAUACAGGAUGAUUCGAGAGUGGUGAGUGCUGGUGAUUUGUUUGUUUGUCGUGUGGGGAUGAAGACGGAUGGACAUUUGUAUUUGAGCGAGGCUGAUAAGAGAGGUGCUGUUGCGGUUGUGGCUAGCAAGGAGGUUGAUAUUGAAGAGACUUUGGGGUGUAAGGCUUUGGUGAUUGUGGAGGAUACUAAUGCAGUUUUGCCUGCAUUGGCUGCAGCAUUUUAUAAGUUCCCUUCAAAGAAUAUGGCUGUGAUUGGGAUAACUGGGACGAAUGGGAAAACUACGACAGCGAAUUUGGUUAAAGGGAUGUAUGAGGCAAUGGGGUUGAGGACUGGAAUGUUGAGUACGGUGGCAUAUUAUAUACACGGGGAUCAUAAACUGGAGGCACCUAACACAAUCCCAGGUGCCAUUUUGGUUCAGAAUUUGAUGGCUAAGAUGCUGCAUAAUGGAACUGAAGCUGUUGUGAUGGAGGCUACUUCCCAGGGACUGGCUCUAGGGAGGUGCGAUGAAGUUGAUUUUGAUAUUGCUGUUUUUACCAAUUUGACGAGGGAUCAUUUAGAUUUUCAUGGGACAGAAGAGGAGUAUAAGAAUGCAAAGGCUAAGUUGUUUGCUCGGAUGGUGGAUCCAGAAAGGCAUAGGAAAGUAGUUAACGUUGAUGACCCAAAUGCACCUUUCUUUAUUGCUCAAGGAAACCAAGAGGUGCCAGUUGUGACCUUUGCUAUGGAAAAUAAAAAUGCAGAUGUUCAUCCCUUGAAGUUUGAGCUCUCCCUGUUUGAGACACAAGUUUUGGUUAAUACACCCCAUGGUAUUUUGGAGAUUUCAUCAGGAUUGCUUGGGAAGCACAAUAUCUACAAUAUUCUUGCGGCUGUGGCAGUUGGGAUUGCAGUUGGUGCACCAUUGGAAGACAUUGUUAGAGGGAUUGAAGAGAUAGAUGCAGUACCUGGUAGGUGUGAGUUAAUUGACGAGGAGCAGGCAUUUGGGGUGAUUGUGGACUAUGCUCAUACACCUGAUGCCCUAUCUAGACUACUUGAUUCCGUAAGGGAGCUUAGGCCUAAAAGAAUUAUCACGGUUAUUGGUUGUGGCGGAGAGAGAGACAGAGGCAAGAGACCAAUAAUGACAAAAAUUGCAACAGAUAAAAGUGACGUGACAAUUCUGACAUCUGACAAUCCAAGGGGUGAAGAUCCAUUGGACAUAUUGGAUGACAUGUUGGCUGGCGUAGGAUGGUCAAUGCAGGAAUAUUUGAAACAUGGGGAAAAUGAUUACUACCCUCCUCUUCCAAAUGGCCAUCGUCUGUUUUUGCAUGACAUUAGACGAGUAGCUGUCCGUUGUGCUGUUGCCAUGGGUGAAGAAGGCGAUAUGGUUGUUGUUGCUGGUAAAGGCCAUGAAACAUAUCAGAUUGAAGGUGAGAAAAAAGAAUUCUUUGAUGACCGGGAAGAGUGCAGGGAAGCAUUGCAGUAUGUUGACGAGCUUCACCAAGCUGGGAUAGACACAAGUGAAUUCCCAUGGCGGUUACCAGAAAGCCAUUGAUUUAGUUUCAGAGAGGAGAAUUGGUAUUAUCAAGCCCAUCCAAAGCGACGAAGGGAACAGUAGUUUUGGUUUUGUUUUUUUUUCCCCUCUUGUAUAAGAGGAUAUCUCUUCAAUUCCAAACGAUAAUUGUCCAAAGGAAGAGAGUGCUUUGUGGCUGGUAAGAUCUCCACGGUGCAAUUCUUGAUGAAACCUUCAGAGCGGGUUAGGUAACUGGUAAGAUCUUCACCGUGCAAUCCCUUAAAUGAGUUUGUAAAAGCUAUAAUUUUUUUAUCCUGCCGGUUUUUCAGAUCUUUUGUGCAACUAAAAUCUGCAGUGUAAACAUGUUGGAUAGGAAUCUGAAGUAUCAGCACAAUUUUGUAAGCAUAUUGCAGGACUGCGUGGACAUAGAGUACUGAUUUUAUGCCAUCCGCGAGGAAUUCUUCGAUGUUCCUUUGAGUAUACCAAA